UAAAUUAGAAUGUGACAGGUGCGUAGUUACUUAUUUUUAAUAACUAUUUGGUGAACCUUUUCUUUCCCCCCCAUCAGAUUCAUCCCAGAGGAAUCCUGACCGGCGGCGUAAUCAUCGACAGCUUCGGUGUGUUUUUACUGUCGGAGAAACUUCCAAAUUUCAAGCUCAGAUAAUCAAACUACCACAGCCAUUUUAUUUUUAUUAUUUCCACAGACUUCUCUUGUAAUGAGAGGACCACAUUUAUGUAUUCUGUAAAGUGAUUUUAUAUGUUUUAGGAGACGAAAUGUGUUGAAAAUUCACCUGUCGAUGCAUGGAAUCAGAGGGUCUCUGACACCUUUGAGCGCUCCUGGAACAAAAAGAAAAGCUUCUGGAAACCAAAUAUGACCUCACUGUGGAGACAAAUCAGUUUCCUUUCCGUUACAGUAACAUUUAUGUUAGAAAAUAUCACAUUUGAGAAGAUUUAAAGCUGAAAAUGCGGCGAAGAAAACACAAGUAUGGCCAUUUUUGUGGCAGCAGCGGAGCGGCGGACUGAGUUGUCUCUUCACGGUUCUCACGUCUGUUAUAAGUCCCGCCUCCUGCCGCACGCUGGGCACGUGGCACAACAAGUGAGAAAUAUGACAGAAGUAGCGCCAUCAGCUGUUGUAAUCCCGGCGGAUGUCCCGCCGAAGCCUCCUAAUCGGCCCAAGAAGGGAGCCAGCAUCUACAAACUCAUCGUGGCCAUUGUGGCCGACUCCAAGGAGCGCAAGGGAAUCUCUCUGACGGCUCUCAAGAAGGCUCUGGCAGGGAAAGGCGUCAAUGUGUCCAAGGCCAACAAGCGCAUCAAUAACGCCGUUACGAAGCUGGUCACAGGAGGAACCCUGAGCCGAACCAAAGGGACCGGAGCAUGCGGCUCUUUCAAGAUCGCUAAGCCUAAAAGGCAGCCAAAAGCCGCCAAUCUAAAGAAGGCGGUGAAGAAGAAGACUCCCGUCAAGGCAAAGCGACCGACCGGCAAGAAGGCCAGCGCUCUCAAAAGACCCGCCAAUAAGAGAGCAGCGGCCAAGAGGUCCCCGAAGAAGUCACCGGCAAAGAAAGUAGCUAGAAAGGUAAAGAAGAGCCCCAAGAAGACCGCCGCAAGGAGGCCAAAAACUGUGAAGAGGCCGAAGGCUGCAAAGAAACCAAAGGCUGCAAAGAGACCCGCAGUUAGAAGACCGGUAGCCAAGAAAAGGCCGGUAAAAAAGCGCCCAGCUAAGAAGGCUAGGAGGUACUAGUAAACUCGCUUCACCCACUGCUUAAAGCACCAAAGGCUCUUUUAAGAGCCACCACUCCUUCAACUGAAGAAGCGGUUCCUAAUGUAAGUUAGUACUGUUCCCAACAUUUAUCUUUGAAAGUAAAUAUAAUCGUCUUCUUUAGACUUUAACGGCAGCUUGCAUCCAUUAUUGUUGCACUACUGCCAUCUGUUGGACCAUAAUACUUAUUCCUCAAAUUGUCUUUAUGAUCCCGGUGGGUUUUUUUUUUAUUUAUAAAACGAAAUGUCUUCCCUUUACCUUCAUUGCUAUUUCACUGAGCAACCACAUUGUCAAGUUUCAAUUCCCUAUUAAAACCUAUUUCCAUAUUCAGUAAUCUUUGAUUCCCAUUUUUCCUACAACUAAUGAAAACAUGUCCCAUCGUUUCUACAGUAUCACACAAAUUACAUAAACCAGUAAGAUGUUUCCCCAUCUUAAAAUAAGUGCCAUUCAAAAAACGGACCGGUUCUUAUCUAUUUAUAACUAUCUCCUCCCUCCUGUUUAUUCAUCUAAUCCUUACAACAUCAACUGA